AUGCCCACAUUAAAAGUUGCAUAUAUUCCUGAACACUUUUCCACGCCGCUAUUUUUUGCUCAACAACAAGGCUACUACAAAGCACAUGAUCUCAGCAUUGAGUUCGUUAAAGUCCCUGAAGGAAGUGGGAGACUCAUUAAUUUGCUCAAUUCGAAUGAGGUAGAUAUCGCAAUUGGGUUAACAGAAGCCUUUAUUGCUGAUAUUGCAAAGGGUAAUGCAAAUAUUCACGUUUUAGAUACUUAUGUCAAAUCGCCCUUGUUGUGGGCUGUUAGCACCGGUUACCACCGUGAUGAUGUCACCGACGCCAAGCAUUUAAAAAGGAUUGGAGUGAGUAGAAUAGGGUCUGGGUCGUAUGUAAUGAGCUUUGUUUUGGCCCAUCAAUUGGGGAUUCCUUCAUUCGACCAAUUUCAGGUUUUGUCCAAUUUCAAGAAUUUACGGGACUCUGUAAAUUUGAAAGAUGGGGUGGAAGGUUCAGACGCAUUCAUGUGGGAAUACUUUACAAGCAAAAGGUAUUACGAUAACCAUGAAAUCAAACAGAUUGAUCAGAUAUAUACACCUUGGUCAUCAUGGGUUGUUGCAACAUCUUCCAACUCGUUGCAAACUAAAUCAGAUGCUGUCAAGAACUUCCUUGACGCCGUCCACGAAGGAAUCCAAUACUAUAAUGGAAACAUCAAUGAGGCUAUAGAAUAUAUCUCUUCCAAUUUGGAUUAUUCUGCUGAAGAUGCUAAAGAGUGGACAAAGACUGUUGAGUUCAAUUCAAAUAUUGGAAGGACACCAUUGGACUGGGACACUGUCGUCGUCAAAACUAAGGACACUUUGAAGUUGGCAGGUGUUUUAACCGAAUCAGACGAUACCAUCUUGAAGAGAUUGAAUUCUAAUGUUAAAAAGACAAACUUGUGA